UCCAUUUUUAUUUUCUUUUUCUUUUUAAUUCUCAUACUCUUUUCUCCUUCUCUGUCUCACUUUCACUCUUUGGUGUCGAGAUUGAUUGCAAGAUGGGGGAGCAGACUUCUCCCCGGAAACUGCCCGUCCUCGGCCGCCGCAACAUCCUCAUCACCAGCGCCCUCCCCUACGUCAACAACGUUCCCCACCUCGGCAACAUCAUCGGAUGUGUUCUUAGUGCGGAUGUGUUUGCUCGAUAUUGUCGGCUUCGAGAAUACAACACAGUAUAUAUUUGUGGGACAGAUGAAUAUGGGACGGCCACUGAGACGAAGGCCAUGGAGGAGAAUUGCUCCCCAAAAGAGAUUUGUGACAAAUACCAUGCUAUUCAUAAGGAGGUCUACAAUUGGUUCAACAUUAGCUUCGACGAGUUUGGCCGAACAUCUACUCCGCAGCAAACGGAAAUUUGCCAAUCCAUUUUUCAAAGACUGAUGGAAAACAAAUGUCUCUCUGAAAACACCAUGCAACAGCUUUACUGCGAGACAUGCCAACGUUUCUUAGCUGAUCGGUUUGUCGAAGGAACGUGUCCUAUUGCGGGGUGUAAUUAUGAGUCUGCACGAGGUGAUCAGUGUGAGAAGUGCGGAAAACUGUUGAAUCCAACUGAGCUCAAUGAUCCUAAAUGUAAAGUAUGUCGAAACACUCCAUGCAUUCGUGUCACCGACCAUAUCUUUUUGGACCUUCCCUUGCUGAGCGAUAAAGUGGAAAAGUAUGUUAAUGAAAUGUCCGUGGUUGGUUCUUGGAGCCAAAACGCUAUCCAGUUAACUUAUGCUUUGUUGAAGGAAGGAUUGAAACCUCGUUGUAUCACUAGAGAUCUUAAAUGGGGGGUUCCAGUGCCGCAUGACAAGUAUAAAGAUAAGGUAUUUUAUGUGUGGUUUGACGCCCCAAUUGGAUACAUAUCAAUCACGGCAUGUUAUACCCCCGACUGGGAGAAGUGGUGGAAGGAUCCAGACAAUGUGGAGUUAUAUCAGUUCAUGGGAAAAGAUAAUGUUCAAUUUCACACUGUUAUGUUUCCCUCUACCCUUAUUGGAACUGGUGAAAAUUGGACUAUGAUGAAGACAAUAAGUGUUACACAAUAUUUGAACUAUGAAACAGGAAAAUUUUCCAAAAGUAAGGGAAUAGGGGUUUUCGGCAAUGACGCGAAGGAUACAAAUAUUCCUGCAGACGUAUGGCGGUACUAUUUGCUCACCAAUAGGCCUGAGGUGUCAGAUACAUUGUUUACAUGGGUGGAUUUGCAAGCAAAACUAAACAGCGAGUUACUAAGUAACCUGGGGAAUUUUAUUAAUCGUGUAUUAAGCUUCGUUGCCAAGCCACCAGGAAUUGGAUAUGAUUUAGUUAUACCUGAUGCUUCUAAUGCGGAAUCGCAUCAAUUAACCAAGGUGCUGGCGGAAAAUGUUGCUAAGUUGAUCGAUCAAUAUCUUGAUGCCAUGGAAAAGGUCAAGCUAAAACAAGGCCUGAAAACAGCAAUGAGCAUUUCUACUGAGGGAAAUGGAUACUUACAGGAGAGCCAAUUUUGGAGGCUUUAUAAAAAAGAUCCAUCUUCAUGUGCUAUUGUAAUGAAGACCUCAGUUGGACUUGUGUACCUUCUUGCAUGUUUAUUGGAACCGUUCAUGCCUUCUUUCUCUAGUGAAGUGUUGGGGCAGCUUAAUUUAUCUCCAGAAGUACAUCUCUCUUUCAAUGAUGAGAAAUGUGACAUAGAGAAGGCGAAAAGGCCAUGGGAUCUGCUUCCCUCCGGUCACAAAAUUGGAAAACCUGAGCCACUAUUUAAGGAGCUAAAGGAUGAAGAAGUAGAAUUCUUCAGACAAAAAUUUGCUGGCAGUCAAGCCGAUAGGAUUACAAAAGCAGAAGCUGAUGCCCAGAGGAUCGCUGAGCAACUGGAAACUACAAAAAUAACAGGUUGAGAUGUAUUCUAUCUUAUCGAUAAAGUCAUUUAUCUUUCUUAACUUUUUAUUAAUUGGUCACACUAUAGAUAUCAAAGUGUGGUAGUGCUUGGUUAAAUUGAUAAUCAGUGUGCUAUUUAUUCACAAUAAUCUACAUUAUUUGGUGUUGAACAAAUAUGUACCCUUUAAGUGCUUGAAUAAAUAGAAUACUCCAAAACAGCCUUGAAGGUA